UAAAUUUUGGCGCGAAAGAGAGCAUUUGCUGAUUCUAACCAACAGUAACCGACAAUCAACAGUUUUCAUUUUUCCAAGAGUUAACUAAUAAUAAUAAUACUAAUCAUGGACUUUGAAAAUAAAUUACGAGCUAAUUUAGCAAUCUUUGAUUGCAAAAUAAUUGAUGAGUCAGUUUUACAAAAAUUUGCAGAUAUUUACAAUCUCUUUAAAGUUGAUGAAGAUGGUAUUGUUGAAAACUGGAUAGAGUUUGUUGAAGAUAAAUCAUCAAGUACAGACAUAACUGUUGAGAAAGUUGAAGAAUUUGAAAAAUGGUGUAUAACAAAUGUUGAACAACGUGGUAACGAGAAACAUAAACGGGCACGAAUUAAAACUAAAAGUCAAAAAGAGUACGAUGUCAUCAACGAGAUACUGGAGAAAAGUAAACUCAAUUCAUCAACCCAUAAAACGGAUGAGGAUGAAGACAUUUUGGAGAUGUACGGUUUCAAAAAGGAUCCCACUAAAAACAUCCAACAGAGUCCCGCUGAUCCAGAAGUUCAUGAGGACAAAGAGGAUGAAGAUGUGGAUCUUAAUUCGAGUACUAUACAAAGUAAAAGUGGAGAAAUUGUUGUUAAAUUUGGGCAGCCAGUAUCUGAUUGGAAGAAUGCAUUGCCACGUAAAAUUGAAGUAACUAAAACUAAUGACCCUCAUGUAUUGCCCAAUGAAUAUUUUUUCUUUAAUCAAAUGAGCGAUUACAAUGUCUUGCAUGAUAUGUAUCGUGACAUGGCCAAGGUUUUUUGUGAAUUAUGGGAAAAAGAUAAAAACCAACUUGUCAUAACAUCAAACGUCCGUGAAAAAACCUUCAACAAAUUUCGUACGUGGGGCCGUAUCUUUUCAGAUAACGAUGGCAAACUCACCAGUACCUCUGUUUUACUGGCGGGUGAUCCAAAGCAUUGGUAUCACUCAUUGGGAGAGUAUGAGUCCGAAGACGAGGAGGAUGAUGAUGAUGAAUUAUUAAAUAUAUCUGCGGAGGAUGGAGACGUUAUUGAAAAUGGUGAUGGAAUUGGGGAUCCACGAGCUGAAGAUGUGAGAAAGAAAAAAGGAUGUAUACCAUUGGAUGUCAGUCGACUUAAAUGUUACUCACUUUUUCCCGGUCAAGUUAUCGGUAUUGAAGGAAGAAAUCCCACUAAAGAAACACUUUGUGCUUAUAAAAUAUUAGCAGGUCUUUCUUUUCCUCCGUCACCGCCUAAAUUAAAUGAACAACUUCAAAUAGUUGUUGCCUCAGGUCCAUUCACUGCCAAAUCUAAUGAUUAUCAACCACUUUAUAAUCUUAUGGCUCAUGUUGCACAAACAGAACCCAAUCUUCUAAUUCUUGUUGGUCCUUUUGUAAUUGACGACAAUAGUAAUCGAUUAUACCAAGAUGUUUUUGAUAAUUUGCUCACUAAAAUUAUGAGCUAUGUUGAAGACAAGUCCACUCAAGUAGUUCUUGUAUCUUCAUACGAAGAUGCUCAUCACGAUGGAUUCUAUCCUACUCCAGAAUUUCGAAUUCGUAAUUCCCUUAAGAAACCAAAUCUUCAUCUAAUGCCUGAUCCAUGUACACUCAACGUUGAUGGUUUGAUUAUUGGAGUGACGUCUGUUGACGUAAUUAGACAUUUAAGCAGCGAAGAAAUAAGCUACAAUAUGCCUCGAUGUGAUCGACUAGGACGCAUAGCAGAGCACUUAUUAUUACAAUCUUCAUAUUAUCCUCUUUAUCCGCCAUCGCCCGAAGUACCAUUGGACAUACUUUUGUGGGCCGACUGUAGCAGAAUGAACACCCGCCCUCAUAUUCUCUUAGUACCUUCAGCCAUGCAAUAUUUCUAUAAAUACAGCAAUGGUACACACAUCAUAAAUCCAUCGAAAAUAUCAAAAGGCCUUUAUUCUCAAUUAAGUAUCCGUCCUAAUGAUAAAUGGUCUGAAGACUGUGUCAGCGGUGAAAUCCUUAGAGUUUAAUUGUAAAAAAUAUGCCAUGAGCUUUUAAUUUUAUACUUUUAUAUUUACAGAAUUUUUUUUUUUUUUUUAUUGAAA